CGAACUGAGGGGGGAAACCCGUCUUUGUCUACGCAGGGUGAGUGGCGGAAACCAUUGUGUCACUCUAUAUAACCAGCUACGAGAGACUCGGCACGCCAUUGUCAACACCAGCCGCUUUCGCGGUAACAUGGGUUCUAUUUGCAAGAUGACACCAUGGCUGGUGGCAAUUUUUUGCCUGGUAACCGCUGGCUGCACAAACCCAAUGGAUCAGCAAACAUCCGAGACUACGCACGACCAACAAGUUGCUAUCCUCAAGCAGAUCAGAAAAGUUAACGACGACGGAUCUUACACUUUUGGUUACGAGGCUGGCGACGGUUCCUUCAAGGUCGAGAGUCGCGACGUUUUAGGUAACAUCAAGGGCACCUUCGGCUUCGUCGACGCCGAAGGAGAAAUCAAGAGGGUGUCUUACUCUUCGUCGAACGGGACCGGCUUCAAGGCCACCACCGUAUCGCCCCUUCAAGAGCAGAUCUCGGUCGUCCAAAGCAUCCCGAGAUCCGAGGAAACUUCCACCACGAGAAAACCAAGCGUAGUGUACGCGACGGAAGCGAGCGCCAGAUCCUCGGUGGUCCAGUCCAUACCCAGGUUGAGAAAAACCACGACAACUUCGACCACCACGACGAGUACGACCACCACGACCGAGGCACCGUCCUCGAAACCUACCGCUUACUACGGACACUUCAUAAAAUCGUCGCAGACCAAAAGCAGACCUCGUUUCGGUAUUCACGCUCCGCAUCAACGAGCUUCGCCACUCGUCGUCGAAGAGGAUCCACCGGAGGACGAGGACUCGCAGAUCAACAGUCCGGUGAGCGAGGAAAAAAAUCCAUCGACCUAUCGUAGGCUGAUUCAUGUGAAACGGCCCACCGAAUCCGAGCGUUCUCUGAGACCGAUAACCGAGGAAUUCGACGACAACGACGAACGCGUAAAGAUCACCACCGGGAAUACAUUGCGCCGUCAGUUGAACGAGGACACCACGAAAUCGGAAAGCGCUUCGGAGGCGGUCGACGAACACGCGGACGUUUACGGAGGCGCUCUGUCGAGUUCCCGGCCACUUUUUACCAGCAGCGUACCACCCAGAGUGAUCCAAAGGGUGGCGGGACUCCGCGUGGAGCGGCCAAAAACGAUCUACGUGAAUCAGGAUAAUUUGGGACCCGCCAGAUUCGAGCAAGGUCAAAAAUUCGAAAGUCACAGGGCGUACGAAGCGGACGCGAAGACUUCCCAAGAGGAGAGAAACGCCCAGGAACAGCAGAUACUCUUCAGGUCGUCGCAACGCGGUCAAGUGUCCGGCGCUCAAUCCACUCGCGACUUUGCCAGACCGAGUCCCGAGCCGAUCUACUUGAGGGAGAAUUCGGACGGGCAGCAAUUCCUGAGGGAGGUGCCGCCCGAAGGAAUAAUCGUCGAGGCGAGACGCGCGGGCGACGACGAGGAUCCCUCGAAUUCCUUCAGACCGGUUCCUCUCGGGAGAAUCGUUUUUCGCCCCCUGCCGCGGGAGCAUCCCCUUUACCAGGCGGCCUCGGAGGUCGCCCAAAAUAGAUACCUCUCCGAGUCGACGGCUCCGGAACACCUGACCGCGCAACGCAAUCAGGUGAAUCCGAAUUACAUCAGAGCGCAUCCGCCGAGGCCCGUGCCUCGUCCGAUUCCCUACCCCGAAGACGACGCUCGGGGCGAUCAAGUGCUCGAUCACGUGAACCAACGAGUACCGGAAGAUGCCGAUUAUCCGUCCGCUCAAGAUUACCCCUACAGAACGUCGAAUAUCGCGUUGCCACCGGAACCGGCGAACCCGAUCUCUCCACCUCUGAGCCGAAGAGAUUUCCAAAUUCUUUUACGCCGUUUAUUAAUCAGCCAGUACGGCGCCAGGGCUCUCGCCUAUCCGCGAACUUACCUCGAAGACGCUCUUUACGAUCAGCAGUCGUAUCCGACUUAUCAAAACGAUUAUCAAACGCCGGCGCCCGUAAGGCAGAGCGUUCACAGAGGUGGGUAUGAUUCGUCGUUACCGGUUCAAUACGGAGAACGUUUGGCUAUGCAAUCGGCGCCUCUGAGACGUCCGGCUUAUUCGCGGACACUGAAUCCAAUUUACCAGCAAAAUCGUUACGAGGAUUACCAGGAGCCCGCGGGUUAUGCGAAACGUGUUUACAGGCAAAAGUUUUACCCUCAGGAACCGAGCGCUCCCGACAGCGAAGAAGUACUACCACCGCCCGUGAGAGAAGCACUUCUUCUGCGAAUGCUGCAACUCGCCAUUAAUCCGGAUCGUCAUCUGAUGACACCGGCGAUCAUGAGCGCAACCGCUGCGACCGCCCCGGGAUCUUACAGAUACAGGAAAAUGGGACCGGUCAGAAGUGUUCAGAUAAUCAGCGACGAAGGGGACGAAGAAAAAGAGAUUGUCGGAAAAAAGGUAUGACGGGGCGGGAAUCCUUCAAUGGGAUCUCGUGUUUGCGUGAACUCAUCAUCCCGAGGACAACGAUACAGAGGUGAUCAACCGAUUGAUCGAUUGACCGGAGUAUACCUAUGCUUCGAAAGUACCACCAAAGUAUUUCGAAAUACACACACGCCCGUUAUUUUCAGAUGAUUUUUCUCAGCCCCAAAUCAUCCUUUCGUUAAAGAGUUGAAGCGUAUUUUCUCGUUUUCUUUGGCCACCGUUCAUUUAUUGCUAAAUCUAUUCAUAUUUAUCGUAUAGUUCACGUGUAAUGAUAAAAGAAAAUGUAACAUUUUUUUGUUUUUUUACAACUCUGUAGUAAGUAGGUCUCGCGGUAAAUCUACAUCAAACCAACAAUUAUUGACUCUGCAUUGGCAAUGACGAAUGAUAGAUACGAUAAUAUCACUGAAUCUUUUUUAAAAGUAAUUGGUAAGAAUGUUAAUUAAUACAAUUACCGCUGAUACACUGUAAUAUAGGUAUAUAAGAGCGUUUCCUGCAUUCACAAUAACGAAAUCAGAUCCAUGUAAAUAAUACGUUGUGAAGCGUUAUGUAAACUAGCUCAUGUUUGAA